AUGUUUUCCUUUCGGCGGGCAGAGGCGGACCCCCAAUCAGCCUCAGCUAUCCCGGACCAUGUUAUAGAGCGCCCACGACGUGGCUCGGUGAUGUCGCUCUCGCAAACUUUAUAUUCUCUUGACUCCACGCCUCCGCCGCCAGCAGAUUUAGAACAAAUCCACGCCUCCUCGUCUCAAGCUCCUGGGCUUACAUCGUUCUCACUCGCAUCCCCACCCAGCGGUUCCACAGAACAGCUCUCAUUCAACAAUUUAUACUCGCGAGUCAAACGUGUUGCUUCAGCGGUCAGGGAUGUUGUUAGUGUUCCAGUACGUGAUGGAGCUUCGAGGAUGUCACUUGGCUCGAUAGGCAGCGACAGGUAUCAAGGACAUGCAGACAGCAGAGACUCAUUCAUGUCUUCAGCGACAAUUGAUUCUGAGGAUUCGAACUACCCAGUGCUACCCACAUCACCUUUAUCACCUAUAAAAUCUCAAUUUGGCAAACAUUCGAGGAUCACCUCUUCAUCCUCUCUCCAGUCAUCCUCUAGAGUAUCAAGUAACAACUCCAUGGCGAGCACGGCCAUGGCCGGGGAUUAUGCCCCCCCGGCUGCAUUGAGGAAAGUUAACCUUCGAGCCUCAAAUUCAGGAGCUCCCGUCCCCUCAUUGGCUCCAAUAACUGUAUUCAGAGAUGGGGAUGGUUCUGAAUUUGUUUCACUCACUAGUCCUGGACUAGGUGUGAAAGGGAUGUCAGAUGUCAGUCGAAAAGACAAUGAGGCCAACCUUCAAAACUCGGCGAAGGAGAAAGCAGCGGGAGUUCAAAGGACAACUGUGAAUGCGCUGCUCGGAGCAGCUGGAACGGUAGUAGGUGGGACGGUUGGAUACCCGCCUUUACCGGUAAGUAAAACAGUUGAGGAUGAAAGUGGUGCCCGAGCAGAGAAUGAUGAAGAGUCCAACAGCUCUGCAUCAGAGGAGGAUGGGGGUGCCAUUAGUGAUAGUAGUGACGAUGAUAUUAUUUUGCUGAACUCCAGGCUACCAGGCGGUCACGAAGGUGACAAAAUCGGAACCUAUGGCAGUAAGGCAAUAAAGGUCGCCGGAUCUUCCUCUGAGAGCCAGCCAGUUUCAGUCCAAAGAUCUUCAAGUAAAGACAUACCUGCACCGCUCAAUAUUAAUAAUUCCAAUCAUUUACCCCCUUCCACGACCGGUAGCGAUGUAGCUAGCGGAACAUCAUUAGAGUCAAACGCUGCCUCAUUUGUAAACAACCGUCUUCAAUCCCCGGGCACAAGUCCAUCAGCCAUCAAAUCCGCUAUUAAUUUACCACCGAAGGGUGACAAAAAUUCGCCAUCCUCAAAUCAACAAACAAAUGUCCCUGGAAAAUCUUCCCUGCCGCCACCAAAUUCCCCCAUGGCUGGAAGUGGAGAAACUGCCAGAAAGCAAAGACCAACAGUAUCAAAAAUCAGUACAGAUCAAGCCAGUCUACUUCCAGGGUUCUCUGUUACUCGUGAGGCAAGCUCAGAGUCAGGAUCCAGUCAGGGCGCGACUUCAACGGCAGAUGUCGGGAAACAUAGUGGGGGCUCUUCAAUGUAUCAAUAUAGGGAAGGCUUUCAAGAUGGAAUGGUCAAUGGGGGUAACACAGGCCCAAAUGGGGGUGUGGGAACAGGAAAUUCAGAAGCUGUCAGCCAAGCUUUGAGACAACUUAGAAUGGGACUUUGCGGUCAAAUAUUUUGUUCGAAGUGCACUACCUUGAUAUCUGGGGACAGGUUUCAACACCAAGGGUCCAUGCGAGUCUGUAGUCCAUGUCUCGAGAUUGUCAAUGAGUAUCAAGACGAAUCAGAAUCAGAGGACGAUUUCUCACCAGCAUCCGUUUUCCACAUCCAUCAGCCAAUCGACCAGCGGCACGAAAUGCAGUCUGGUCCUGGGAGUGUAGUUGGUACCCCAAUAGGAGGACCUAUGACACCUGGUUUCAGCAUGCCCAGAGAGUCACGUCCCGCAACCACGCCGUUAAUGGCAAUCCCAGCAUCCAGAAUUACUGCUGGAAGCAAUCCAAAUAGACGUUCUCAGAUCCUCGAAAUAAACGCUGAGAUACCAUCACCCCCUCGGCCCCCGUCCUCACGAUCUGGAAAGUCGCCCAUGUCGUUUUCUAGACCACUUACUGCAAAUGCUUUGAAGCUCCCUCAACAUGGCCACUCACAUUCCCAUUCACACCACCACCAUCACAAACACCAGCAUUCCCGCUCGCAUAGAUGGUUCCCGGCCGCAAACGCAAACGAACGGGCACCUUUCCACCGAAACGUGGCUGACGAACUCGGGUUACAAGGAGCCCUCCCCGCGUUUCAUUCUGAUAGCAUCAUCGAUCCAGAUUUGGCGCCUUACAUGAGUGAUGAUGCUAGCGACGAUGAACAAAUGAGCAUAUUCGCAACGAUCGCGCCCAAAUAUGGAGAGGCAUUUGGGAACCUGUUUUCGACUUCUGCCGCCGGUUCACAGAGUGGUCAGGCCGGAGGCAUCUCUUUGGGGUUAAACGGAGCUACUUCUACAAUGUCAAAGAUCAGGAGAGCUGCUAGUAUUAAUGGAAUUAAUGCACUUUUGAAUGCCGGUGGUAGUGAUAAUGGCAAGUCCGGGUUACUGCCCCCCACUAGAUCGUCUAGGAAACGCAACUCGAGCUUCCUUGGAAAUAUUCAGCCCCGACCAGUUACCAGAGGAAAGGGACACCGCAAUCUCAUGCGAUCGCUAGUGGGGAGUGUCAGCGAUGCGUCCGCAUUUGGAGGGGCUGGGAGUAGUGCCAUGCCCUCUCCUCGAGCCUCAAGAAGUGCUUCCAUGCGAGGACCUCUAGCACCAUCUAUCGAGCUCAACACAGCGAGCUUGCAACAUGUUCGAACUCUGCUUCGCCAGUUACUUGGUGACGCGAACAUCAAGGAAGUGGACAAAUGGGAGCGGGCACUCAUGCCAAUUCUACUCAAAAGUACCGAUGAUUUGAACCCCGACAUCCGCAGUGGCGACAUUAUCGAUAUUCGCCACUAUGUCAAGGUCAAGAAGAUUCCUGGUGGAAAACCUGGCGAUACAACUUAUGUUUCUGGCGUCGUAUUUACCAAGAAUUUGGCGUUAAAGAGUAUGCCACGGAACAUAGCACAUCCACGAAUAGUUGUUGUCACCUUCCCGAUCGAGUACCAACGACACCAACAGCAGCUCAUGAGUCUCGAGCCAGUAAUUGCACAAGAGAAAGACUACCUUCAGAAAAUGGUUGCUCGUAUAACUUCUCUAAGGCCAACGCUGCUUCUUGUUGAAAAAAACAUCUCCGGUGUUGCUCUCCAACUUCUCGCGCAAGCUAAUGUAGCAACAACACAUCUUGUAAAGCCAUCAGUAAUCGAAGCUGUGGCUAGAUGUGCUGGUGCAGACAUUUGUUCGUCGGUUGACAAGCUACUACUUCAUAAUUUCCGAGUCGGCCGGUGUGCUUCCUUUGACGUCAAGACAUUUGUGCAUGAGGAUAUACCAGAAAAAAAGAAGACAUUCAUGUACCUUUCCGGUUGUCCAAAGGAGCUCGGCUGUACAAUUGUGUUGAGGGGAGGUGAUAUGGAAACGCUGGCAGUCCUCAAACAAAUUACGGAGAUGAUGAUUUAUGUCGUUUACAACUUAAAGCUUGAGACUUGCUUGAUGCGAGAUGAGUUUGUGAAUAUUCCCUCAAGUUCUUCCAUUGCGCCUACACCAACAGUGGUUCCUACAGCAGCCCCACAAACCGACGCACCAACUGCUGCUUUCGACGACCCAGAGAAAACGCUCUCGACCGAAGAUGGCCAAGAAAAUCUGGCUGCAUCUGAAAAUCAGGAGAAGUCGCCAAAUUCCAGAUCGGAAGAGUCUGAGCGUAUGGCAGGUGGGGUACCAGAUGAUAUUCCCAGCCCAACUUACUAUGAAGAUAUGGUGAAGAAUCACGAGACAAAAGUUCUUUCGGCAUCACCCUUUGUUAAGUACAUGCAGCCAUACCUUUUAAUGCGAGCUAGGGAACUCGAAAGAAAAUUGGUGUAUCUGAAGAGACUAAGAGAUAGUCAAGUGGUUGAAGAUGAUGAACAAACCGAGUUUGGGUCUGAUGGCAGGGUUGGAGAGUUGGAAGAACAUGUUGAAAACGAGAAAUCCGCCGAUCCAGAUAAACCCGUGGAAAAGUUUGAGUUGAUUCAGCCAGAGAUGGUCGAUGCAAAUGUUAAGAACGGAACCAAAAAGAUGAUAGAGGUACUGCGAGCAAUCCACGAUGCAGAAUACGACAAAGCACUUCAUGUCUAUGAAACCCAGAAAAAACAAUGGGAGAAUUACUUAUCCCAAUAUGACGAUCUGUUUGAUCCCUAUGCUCAUCAGAAUAUCGCCAUACUAUACAGUUUGGUAUGCACAUUAACCACUGUUCCCUGUGAAGGGCCAGAACUUCGCAGGUUAGGGUUUUAUAUCCAAGGCAUGGAUUGGCCACUCGGCAAAUCAGACUGUACACUGGGGCAAUAUGUUGAACUUCUCUGCAACACUGCGAAUAAACAAUGCGAAUCGGACACCUGCGACAAGAAGAUGAUUGACCACCACCGAUCUUAUGUCCACGGCCAAGCUCGGGUCAGUGUCCUAGUAAGCGACAAAAUGGCAUGCCCCAUCCAGGGCAUGCAGGAUACAAUUCUUAUGUGGAGUUACUGCAAAGUAUGUCCGAAUACUAAUACCCCGGCCAUCCCAAUGUCCGAAAGCACCUGGAAAUACUCAUUCGGCAAAUACCUUGAGCUUGCUUUCUGGAGUUCCGAAAUGAAAUUGAGGGCAGGGAAUUGUCCACACGAUUUGAACCGCGAUCAUGUUAGGUGUUUUGGCUAUAGAGGCUUAACAGUGGUUUUCCAAUAUGAUCCCAUUGAUUUGCUAGAGAUCGUCGUCCCUCGGACGAAAAUCACGUAUCAGCCGGAAAUUGACCUACGAAUUAAGAACGAGCAGUACUUACAGCAUGAAGAAAGGACGGAUCGUUUCUUCUCUUCAGUAAAGUCUCGUCUAAAGAGUAUCAAUAUAGACUCUGUGCCCGCCGAUAAAAUCGAUGCUUGCAAAGCAGAAAUCGAAACGCUCACAACCCAGGCAGAAAACGAGCAUAGUUGGCUGAUCAAAAAACUUCAAGAAAAGUACAACAAGUCCAAGUACUUCGAGAUCAUACCGCUUAAUAGGGCUCUGCGAGCUUUGCAAGAAAGAGUGGUGGACUGGGAUGCCAGGUUCAAUGCCUUCGAUAAUAACUACUUUCCGUCAGAAAAAGAUAUCCGCAGAUUGGCAACACUCCAACUCAAGAAGAUAUUUAUUGACAACCCGUCUACGCCUAACCUACAACCCGGUGAACGCACACCAACGCCUGAAAAGGAAGAUCUUGGUAAAGCUGCUUCUAUUGUAGAUGGGUCUGCAGAAAUGGUCACCUCCCCGGCCGAGAUGUCACCAAAGCAGGCACACGAUGUUCUUGCGUCAGUCGUUGAAGAGGAUAUCGAAAAUAGCAAAGGGAAGUCUGCUAAGAAUGAAAAGGAGGACAGCACGGAGGAUAAGGAGGAUGCGCCUAGUAUAACUACUGUCACGCCGGAGCCGAUUUCUGGCCAGGGAGGGCUCAGCCAAUUUGAAAAUAUGGAUCACCUGACUCCCAGGCAGGAAGUCUCUCUUGAGCAAGCAGCUCUAAAGACCAUAUCACCGGAGCCAUCCGCGCCGAAUAGUCCCAUAGUCCCUAUCCACCCGAAGAUCAGGUCUAGCCCAGCAAUUGUAGAAUUAGAAGGGGCGAAAUCGGAUAGCGAUACCCCAGGCCAACCCGCAAAGAACUCUGGUUCCAGGGCAUCCUUUGAGGAUUCCAAGGUAUCCGUUGAUGGCCCCAGGGCAUCCUUUGAGAGUCCUCGGACAUCACUUGAGGGCUCUCGGAGAUCUCUUGAGGGUUCUCGAAAAUCACUUGAGGGUCCCAGAACAUCUCUUGAGCGACUAUCUUCAGAGCGUGAGCGACCAACUAGCCACAUGUCAUCAAUCCCGAGGUUCGUAGAUGCAAGGCGAAAACUUGUAGCACCUCCACUCAAUAGGACGCAAUCUACCCCACACGUACCGCAACGAAAGGGCUCAGAUGGAGUUCCGUCGGGACUGAGGCCUCUAACUCAUACACCAUCAUUUCCCCUCAAGAAACCUUCGGUUACUGAAGCUAUUCGAAAGCACAAUGCGGAAAAGGCAAAGUCUGGUAAGGGGCCGGAAAAGUUUCGCUUCGCUUCACUAAACAAGAAAUCUCCUCAAUUGAGGGACACGCAAAUUCCUCGUUCAGUCCCGACGCAAAGACGCAAGGACACCAAGGUUGCAACUAUAGCGAAACAAAUAGAACAGCUCGAACAACUCAGUAGAGAAUUUGAGAAAGAGAGGGUAAGAGAGAAACGCCUCUCUGCCGCUAAGAGGACCAGGGCACUUCCGGUAGCUACCUCUAGGCCCAUAGUCGAGGUUUACCGUAACGUCGCAGAAGCCGUUGAAGAGGUUUCCGAUGAGGAACCUCAUGAACCUAUGCCCCCUAGUCGGGAAACCAGUAAUAUGACUGUAAGCACGGAAUCAACAAUUCAAACUGAGUCUCCGCAAGAGUUUUCUACUCCCGAAAUAACGAUGACCCCCGAACCUGUUGAGGAGCAGAUUGAGGAGUAUCAUGCACAACCAAAUCAAAUGGUCCAAUCUGAUGUGGACAUGAGUGAUGGUGAAAUAUCCUUUUCAAGUGAUCAUGAAGCCAAUAUCCAACCACCUAUUAUAGACGUGCUCCCGCCAAAUCCAGAUACACCUCUAAUCCAAAAACAUGAGAAAUCGGCCUGGACAAAAAUGCUCUCAAAUUUCUGGGCUGAGCGGUCUGCAAGUGGAUGGUCUUCACUUGAGUACCCACUUCAUCCAACAGAUCAUGUUUUCAACGACUCUGAUGUUAUUGUCCGUGAAGAUGAACCUAGCUCUCUCAUUGCAUUUGCUCUCAACUGUGAGGAUUAUGCCACCAAGCUUGAUGCCAUUCGUAGCGCGGAUGAAGGGCCAACAAGCUCAGAGGACUGUGCUCGUCCAACUGCAUUUAACGCAGAUGAACAUCCUGAGCUUGAAAGGUCACUACUCAGAACCACUGGGACACAUCUCAAAUACCAGUUUCAAGAGGGUUCGGCUAAGAUGUUCUGCAAAAUCUUUUUUGCCGAACAGUUUGAUGCGCUGCGAAGAAACUGCGGUGUUGCUGAUCGAUACGUUGAGUCUUUGUCGCGAUGCAUCAAAUGGGAUUCCAAGGGAGGAAAAACCAAGUCCGUUUUCCUGAAGACACAGGACGAGCGAUUCGUGUUGAAGGCCUUGGCGCCAAUUGAGACGGCCGCGUUUAUCAAAUUUGCACCUGCAUAUUUCCAGUUCAUGGCAGAAGCAUUUUUCCACGAGCUUCCGACUGUUAUUGCCAAGAUGCUGGGAUUCUACCAGAUCAUGAUCAAGAACCCGACAACGGGAAUAGAAAUCAAAUGGGAUGUUUUAGUGAUGGAGAACCUUUUCUAUGACCGCAAGACCACGAGGAUUUUUGAUCUCAAAGGUUCCAUGCGCAAUCGAUACAUGCAGUCAACUGGCGAUCAGAAUGAGGUUCUCCUCGAUGAGAACAUGAUAGAAUUCAUAUACGAGUCGCCACUGUUUGUCAGAGAACAUUCGAAGAAACUACUUCGAGCAUCUCUGUGGAACGAUACUUUGUUCUUAUCGAGGCAGAAUGUGAUGGACUACUCACUAAUGAUUGGAAUCGACGAGGUCAGGAAAGAGCUUUGCGUUGGCAUCAUUGACUGCAUACGUACCUUUACGUGGGACAAGAAGCUUGAAAGCUGGGUGAAGGAAAAGGGUUUCGCAGGUGGUGGAAACAAAAAGCCAACUGUCACCAGUCCUCGAGAGUACAAACAUCGGUUCCGUGAGGCUAUGGAACGAUACGUUCUAGAAGCGCCAAGCUGUUGGCACUUGUUUCCCACAAAUUACAUAGGGACGAUUCCUGUUCGGCUUCACCACCCACCACAGCAAACUGCGGGCAUAGAAGAUAAUAAUAAUAACAACGUUAAAGAGGACAACAUUAAUAAUUAG